AUGCUUCUCAUGAAGACGUAUAUGUAUUGCUGCUCAGUGCGAUUGGGAGUGCUAUUUAUUGCUGGAAUGUCAAUGCUCCUGUCAAUAACGUUUAUGGCUGUCGUCUUCACUGCUGGGACUAGUAUUAUGUUUGAAGUUGUUGUAGCGCUACAAAACAAUAAAUAUUAUAUGGACAACGAAGUAAUACGCCGUAGCACAUGCUAUGCGAAGGAAAACCCCGAUAUGGUCUUGUGGGUAACCCAGCUGCUUAACAUUGCAUAUAAUUUGAGUUGCAUAUCGGCAGCUUAUGGUGCUUAUAAGCUAAAAAUGUGGCAUGUGGUACCUUUCAUCAUUUCCGAGAUUAGUGCUUUUGUUUACUGCACAAUUGCGCUCGCUAUAUUUUUAAAUAUUAACCAGCAUUUUGUAGGUUUGGGCACACUGAUAUUACUCUCUCUGAUCGGCAGCAGUUACUUGGUAUUUAUUAUUUAUAACAUCUUGACUUUAAUGGCCUUCGUGCAAAUACUAGUGCUGGUUCACAGCGAUCGCUACAAGCAAUACUAUGGGUCGGAUCCAUUGAAACCCAACCUAAAUAAUGCCCGCCUAUUUGAUAAAACAUCGCCGAAGUGGUGGCACAUUUCAGAAACCAAAAGCUGCCAAGACGAUUCCGAUAUGAAAGGUGGUGAGGAGGAUUUAUCCGAAUACUUUCAGCGCCAGGAGCUCAUAAAUAAGCAAUUAUGGUACAUUGCCUCAACAAAGGAUUGUCACUUCACAACCUGA